GCAAAGUUCAGUCAAUUUGUUAGUUGUUAUCGUGUGUGUAUUUACCAAAUAGCAUCAGAGAGUACGUAUCCAAAUGAUUAAGUCCACUGUACGGCUAACUGUGUUUAUUAAACACUGUUUAAUGUUGCAGACGUCCCAAGUGCUUUGGGAAGAUAAAGCCUAACCUCGUGUAUCGGCUCUUUGAGCAUGAACGUAAAACUAAACUAAAUGGAGACAAAUGGUUUAUCCGAAGACAAAGAAUGUAAGGCCCAUGAAUAUGCUCUCGCUGACAUGUUGGAGUUGCUUCAAAUCGAUGUGGGCUUGGAAUCAACCUCAACCACCGGAAUUGAUAUGAAUUGUUCUAAAAACGUCUUGAGGAAGCAACGAAAUUGGGAAAAAAGACUGGCUGCCAAAAAGAUGAGAAGAAAAGCUGAGAAGCAAAGAAGGAAACAGAAUCAGACUAUGGAGAAAGACGCUUUGCAGUUAAGCAAGCGGGUCAUCAAGGCAAUCACCAGAGAACGUCUGGCAGAGGCCAAAUUGUCAGGGCCAAGGCUAUGCGUGGACCUUAGUAUGGCGGACUGUAUGUCCCACAAGGAGCUAAGUCGGUUGGCAGGGCAAAUCCGUAGGCUGUAUGGAAGCAACCGGAAGGCUCUCCGUCCGUUCCAUCUGUACCUGACAGAGUUUCAACCGGACAGCCUGCUAUACACUGAGUGCCUGCGGAUGAACGACGGCUUCCACGAGUACGCGAUGGAGAUGACAGAGCAGAGUUGGCUUGAUUUGUUUCCAGUGGAGGAUGUGAUGUAUUUAACCCCAGAUGCUGAGAAAGCUCUGGAGACUGUGGAUGAUGAGACGGUCUACAUUCUUGGAGGUUUGGUGGAUGAGAGCAUACAGAAGAAGAUGACCUACUCCCGGGCUGUGGAAGCUGGGGUGCGCACAGCACGGCUACCCAUCGAGGAGCACAUGGUGCGCCGACCCAACGCCAAGAACUUCCACUCCAAGAUCUUGGCCAUUAACCAAGUGUUUGAGAUCCUCUUGGUGUACCGUGAAACAGGGAGCUGGGAGAAGGCGCUUCCCGUAGGGGUGGCUGCUGGGAAGGGCUACAUGCUGGCCAUGGAGACUGCUGCUGCUGCUGCUGCUGCUGCUGCGGAGGUCAAGCCAUGACCCCGUUUGCGAGCUGUAGCCCCCCUUGUCAUGCCGGCCCUGCCAUUUUGCCAUCAUAUCCUCAUAUUCCCAGUCGCCUGAUUCUCUUUUGGGCCCCCACCGUCGACUUCAUGGCAGCGCUGCCACCGUCCACUUCAAGGCUCCUGACCCUAACCCUAGUGCCUUUCAGACAACGCUGCCUUGAAGUUGGCGGUGGGGGCCCAAAAGCAUAUAACGUCCAUAUAACUUCCCAGUUACCAGUCUUGUGACCGGGGACGUAAAAGGGGAAAUGUCGCCUGUGGUGUCAUGGUGACCUACUGCAGACGAUGUCAUACAAGACAUCUGAGGGAUCUACAACUGUUAUAGGAGGCAAAGAUGGACUGAGACAAUGUGUACACGCACCCACCCACAAGCUGAAUGUUCUAUCUGUUAAUUAUAUUAUUUUAUGUUGGUAUUGUUUAUUAUGGUUUUUUUGCUGAUAUACCUUUUCACUUGGAUAUACUACACUUAAAUAAAAGUUGAUAUGAACAGUACUGUGGCUGAGAUAAAACGCCAUGGUAAUACUUGUAUCCAGUAGAUAGGGAGAUUGUUUCAUGUUAAUCAUAAAUGUGUCCUGUUGCAGUUCCUUGCUGCAAAAUUCAAUGAGACUGCUAGUCUCUUCGUCUAGACAUAGGUCUUCUUAUAGAAGAUGCAGUAUAUACUGUAGGCCUAUUUGAAAUAUGUGUUAAAUGUUUUAGUGUAUGUAUUAGUAGAAUGGUAUUUAUGUUUACAUUUUUGACUGUUUUUUAAUAUUAGACUAACCAGCCACAGAUGGUUAGUCUAAUUUUACAGAUGGUAGAGGUGACCUUUUCCCACUUCAACUGUUUUUCCACUUUAGUCCAGUCAUAUUCAUAUGAUUAAGGGAUUAAGAUAAAUCACUCCUACAUAGACAUACUGUACAUUCUAUAUGUGCCUUUUCAUGUCUUUUUGGUUGGUCUAUUACUGAAAGAGUGUACUGAUAUUACAGUUUUUUACGAUUGUUUACACACUAAAAUAUUUUUUUUCACACUAUUAGCCAAAUUUUACUCCAAGGAGCAAAACACCUUCACAGAUUUGCACAACAUUACACACAAUGUCUGCUUCACCCUUUUUGCAAAACAUUACUCACAGUGAUUUGUAAAACUCUACACACAUUUCCACACCUUAGACACAGAUAAGGAUUGUGAGGUUACUUCCUUGUCAUUACAAAGCCCCGGAUUGCCAAUAGACCUCUGAAGUUCGCCUACAAAAAGGAUCCAAAGCUGCCAUCUUUGCCCAUAUAAGGAGAUCCGGGAUUUAAUUGAAGCUAACUGCCUAUGCCAAGUUGCAUGGUAAGUUAGCUCUGGGGUAGCAAAGAUCAAAGUGUGCCGUCUUCACCUAUCGAAGAUCACAGUAUCCACUAGACGGCAGUGGACAAAACUGUGUAGUGAAAAACGUCUGCAUUUCCAAUGUCAUCAUCCCCGCGAGAGUUUAACAGGUGCGAUAAUUGAAAAUCCCCAUGUUAUUUUCCCAUAGAAAAAAAUCUCAAGAUACCGGAUCUCCUUAUUUGGGCAAAGAUGGUGCCUUUUUUGUAGGCGAACUUCAGAGGUCUAUAACUGCACUAAUGAACAAAUUGGAUAAUCACAUCCACCAGGUGUGUAAGCACACAUGUGCAAAAUUGAAAACGCAGCACUCAGGUGUGCUAUACAGUCUUGUUGCUUUUGCAGUAGUUGCUCUUCAGAGUCAAAGUGUAUGUACUUUAUGCAGUAGUUUUUGUUUGUCUACAGAUUUUAUUUGUUCAAUUGAUUUCAUUGUUGGUUGAUUACUGUAACUGAUUAUGGUUAGAAAUACUGUAAGUAUUGAAAGAGAUACUUGAAAUAUUCAGUCUACAGCAGUCUUCAGUGUUGUACAGUGCAAGUGCAAGUUUAUAGACCUAUUUAUGUACACUUUCCCUAUGUCGAACUAAUCAUGAAGAAUGUUGUGGGUUUGUCACUAUUUUUUGGACAUCUAAAUGAUCCCUUACAUAACAAUGUCUGGGCAAAAAUCAAGCACAUGCUAUUUCCAAAUUUUUUUUUUUACAAAUGCAUUUUGCAUUUAUCACUGCAGUGUGAAACUGGCUGCAAUAGUGUCUGAUCAUUGAGGACUGUGUUUGUUAAAUGACAACUAAUAGCAUUUUUACAAAUAUGUGUAUAUGUUUUGACUGAAGUGUGUAUGUUUUGACUGAAGUGUGUUUGUUUUGACUGAAGUGUUUCAUUUUGCAAAGAAUCUAGGAAUUAUGCAAAAUGAGUGUGGCGUUUGGAUACCUGUGCUUAAAUUUUGUUAAAAAGAACUCGGUUUGAAAAAUUGUGUGUAAGCAAUUGGAAAAAACUGUAAACUGAGAGUUACAGGCCACCUCACGCCACCUACUGGUAGGUGUGUGAACUACAUCACUGCCUGCGUUUAAAAUCAGUGGUUGCAGAAGUCCUUCAGUAAAUAAAAGAAAGUGU